UCAGCCUGAGUGCGCUGGUGUUUUAGGAGAGUAAUCAUGGUGUAAACACACGACCAUGGCUGAUGAGAGAGAAGGAGCUGAUAAUAAUAACAUUAACGACGAUAAUAUGGGGAACCAGCUGCAGCUUUUACCGGCGAAUGAGGAGGAAGAGGAGGAAGAUGACAUGGAGACCGAGGAUCGGGACAGCGAGGGUGCUGAAAAGCCGAGCAUCAUCAACUUCGACCCCAGCCUGCCCACGUCACAUGCUUACCUGGGUUCAGACAUGGAGGAGUUCCACGGGCGCACUCUUCACGAUGACGACAGCGUGCAGAAUCUUCCCGUCCUCCCUCACGCCGCCCUCAUCCUGAUCCCAGGUCAGACGCUGCCGCUGCAGCUCUUCAGACCUCAGGAGGUCAGCAUGUUCCGCAACCUGGUCAGCCACGACCGCACAUUCGCCGUGCUGGCACACAGUCCGGAUGCGGCCGGAGGAGAGCUGAAGGCGGAGUUCGGGACGACGGCAGAGAUCUACGCCUUUCGUGAGGAGCAGGAGUACGGCAUCGAGACGGUGAAAAUCAAAGCUAUCGGACGUCAGCGCUUCAAAGUGCAUGACAUUCGCACGCAGGCAGAUGGGAUUCGUCAAGCUAAGGUGCAGAUUUUGCCCGAAAGGAUUCUGCUGGACCCUUUGAGCGCGCUGCAGCUUUCACCCCGCUUACACCGGCGCGUUCCAGACGCCACACCCGCACUACCACAGAGCCAAGCACACCGCUGCCACACCUACAGACAGAGGAGGUUGUAUCCUGCAAGUAUGACCCCAUGGCCCUCCUGGGUUUACGCCCUGUACGACUCGGAGACUCUAAUGAGCAGAGUUAAGAAACAGCUCCAUGAAUGGGAUGAGAACCUCAAAGACGAGUCACUGCCUACUAAUGCUAUAGAUUUCUCCUACAGGGUGGCCGCGUGUUUGCCGAUAGACGACGCUCUCAGACUGCAGCUACUGAGGAUCGGGAGUGCUAUUCAGAGACUCCGUUGUGAGCUGGACAUCAUGGACAGGUGCACGUCUCUGUGCUGUAAAAAUUGCCAGGACACUGAGAUCACGACCAAGAACGAGAUCUUCAGCCUGUCUCUGUGCGGGCCGAUGGCAGCUUACGUCAACCCUCACGGCUAUGUCCAUGAGGCUCUGACCGUGUACAAGGCCAGCAACCUGAACCUGAUCGGGAGACCCUCCACACUGCACAGCUGGUUCCCAGGGUACGCGUGGACCAUCGCACAGUGCCGGACCUGUGGUUCUCACAUGGGCUGGAAGUUCUCAGCUGUGAAAAAGGAUCUGAGUCCUCAGCGAUUCUGGGGUCUGACUCGCUCUGCACUCUUACCCACAAUCCCUCAGAGCGAGGAGGGUGUGGACGGCUCACGCCUGCUCUGCCUGUAACCUCAGCACGACGCAUACGCACACACAUCCUGAUCAUAUCAGCCUUCCUCCCUCACACUCCGAGCGACCGAGACACGCAGGAAGGAGAUUAAAAAAAAAAAAACAUGGUGCAGGAGGAGGAAGAGGGAGAGAAGGAAAUGAAACAAGCACUGUGAGGCACUGAGAGUGUUUUCACUUUAAUUAAAUUUAUUACAAUCAGAACGUCACACAAACCGUGUUUUUCCCCAACAUAGCCGUGUGUGUACAUAAAAAAUAUCACAUCAUCUUGUAGGGUUUUGUGUCUUUUUGGUUUUUUUUUUUAUGUUUAUCAGUAGGAUUUUCUGUAAAAUGACGGAUUUUGUGUGAUGAUCUCUUAUUGGCCAAAACAAGAUGAUGAUGCUCAGUGUGUAUAGAUGUGUCAGGUAUAGAUAGAUAGAUAGAAAUGGACAGUUUGGGAUUUAUUUAUUUAAAAAAAAAAAAAAAGAUCUUACCAUUGACGAAUCAUCAGAGACCUGACUUUAUCAACUGUAUUUUUAUAUUUUUCACAUCUGUUUUCUCCCAUCUCUCUUUUCUCAAUGACAGUGUUUUUGGAUGUACAUACUGUAUCUCUGGUAAGAUGUAUGUUUAUAGUAAGAUCUGUGUGUAGAUUGAGAACUUGGAGUUAUAAAGGACUUACAAUACACAUUCAUUAAUAUAUAUAUAUAUACACGCACACACACACAAUCAGCUUGUGCAUAUUUCAUCAGUCUCAUGUUGCGGUGCAAUCGCUGGCGUAUUUAUGACCGUAAUAGUCCAAGAAUUCAUGCUAAUCAGUACUGAAUACGCUAAUAAAACCUGGAAUGUGCA